AUGAAUAUGAAUAAGGAGGAGGAAUCUAAUAUGAAUAUGAAUAAGGAGGAGGAAUCUCCUGGCAGCGGUGAUGGGAAAGAUCCUGGAAGUGCUACUGACGAACUCGACCCAGCGCUACGGGACGCCCUGAUCAAGAGAGCCGAGGCUGAAGCUGCUCAAGUCCAAGCCACCGAUCUCUAUGGCACUGCAACUGCCACUGCCACUGCCACUGCCACUGAGGAGAAGAAACAUGUAGUCGUUGCUGAUGACACUGCUGUAAGCAACGCAAGGACAGGCCAUCAAAAUCUUCGGAAAGCCACUCCAGUGAGCAGCCAUAUUCCAACUGAGGAUAACGAAGAUAACAUCUUGAAGCUUGUGGCAGAUAGGGCAAGUACGGCCGUGGCAGAGCAAAUGGAACAAGAUGACCUCACUGCUGGCAAAGAAAAGGGCCUCAAGGUACAAAGCAACCAGAACCCAGAGGAUGCAGAAUCUCUACCAGCUUAUUCAGGACAUGAGAACCCCUCAGAAACCAUUGAGCCAACAGGGCCACAUCAAACAACCUGGCAGAGUUCAAAUCCAAAUCGGCCAGGAGCAUACAUGGGUGCACCAGGAGAAGCACUUCAGAGAGCCAAUACCCUAAGGUUCUCCCUUGUGGGUGCCAGUAAUGCUGCUCAGGAUGAACUGAUUGGUCAGAUUAGUAAUCCCGAGGAUUCCUUUGCACAGACGGAACCACAUGAUGGGGCGCAGCCCAGCGUCGCCACCGCAAACAACAACAGCAUGGCAUCAACAAAUGACCCGCACUUGGCAGUGGCAAAUCUGGUGGACGAAGAUUCAGAUAAUGAACAAAUGCGGCCAUCCGCAGAUCCUGUGGAUCUACAAGCAGUUCAACAACGAGAGCAAAACAAGAAGAGACAGAGGCAUUGUUUUGUUCUGUUUCUUGUCAUGAUUUUGAUGGUGGCAGCCAUUACUAUUGGCACCGUGAUUGGAACCCAGAAGCAAAGUGAGCCAGACAUUGUUAUGGCAACACCAACGCCAUCUUCCGCUCCCACUGGGGUGCUAGACAUACUGUUGGAUAGACUACCAGACUACACUUUGGCAAGCAUCAACAAUGGCAGUGAAACACCUCAAUGGAAAGCAUGGUGGUGGCUGACCAAUCAUCAAAAUGUCACAUUUCUCCCAGAAUGGAGAAAGAUGCAGCUCUUUGCUCUCGCUACUUUUUUCUAUGCCUUCGAGGGAGAAAAUUGGAAUCCUCUCAUUAAGGAACGAUGGAUGGAUGACACAGUCGAAGAGUGUGACUGGUUCUCCAGUGGGUUUGGAUACUUCCAUGAGGGAAAAUACUAUGAGCUUCAAGAUCUCUUUGGUUCAUUACUCCCAGUUAAGCUGCCCUGCAACAGCCAAGGACAGUUCACAUCGCUGGAGCUGCAAGACCUGCAGCUCUCUGGUCUUCACCCAUCUUUGCCACCUGAGCUAACUGUCAUGACUACAUUGGCUAGUAUUAGAUUGAAUCUCAACAACAUUUCUGUUCCAUUUCAGUUUCUGUUACCAGCAAAAAUUUUCAAUGGCCCUUAUUCUUUGACAUCCUUGGUGUUGGCUAUGAAUCUGUUGUCGGGGCAAAUUCCUACUGAGUUUGGACUCCUGACCUCAUUGGAAGUGCUGAAGCUCAGUCACAAUCAGUUAACUGGGGAAAUUCCUUCUGACCUUGGGCUCCUGACCUCAUUGGACAGUCUCGAGCUAGAUGGCAACCAGUUGACUAAUACAGUUCCUUCCGACUUUGGGCUCCUGACCACAUUGAAGUACCUUAGCCUUGAAGAGAAUGAGUUGAGCGAUCAAGUGCCUUCCGAGCUUGGGCUCAUGGAAUCAUUAUUAAUGAUCGACCUUCACGAUAAUCAGCUUACUGGUCCACUGCCUUCUGAUCUUGGGCUCCUGACAACAAGGUUGCAUACGCUCCACCUCCAUGAAAACAAAUUCUCUGGUGUGGUUCCCUCCCAGCUCUUGCUUCUGACCUCAUUGGAAGAGCUUCACCUUUAUAACAAUCAGUUAUCCGGUACAAUCCCAACGGAAAUUGGAAUGCUGACAUCACUGAUGUCCCUGGGUCUUCAGAACAACAGCCUGACGGGGACACUGCCCAGCCAACUGAAUGUGACCAUGGGAUUGAGCCUAUAUGGGAAUCAGUUCUCAGGGACUGUUCCAAGUCAUCUUUGUUCUUUUCUAUUUUGUGAUUGUUCCCAAAAUGAAGCUCCUCCUGUUUCCACCUGUGCUGGCCUCACAGAAGCUCCACCUGAUUGGCCUGGACGAUUUCCAACCACAAAUGCUGCUGUUGUGCUUAAUCUCCACACUGAUCAUGUGCCAUGGAAAACAAAAUGGGUUUGGCAGGAGGACGCCAAGGUGACUCGUAUUUGGACUACAGUGGAAUCAGGUGGUCCACUGGCAAUUCCAGAGCAUGUUUACUCAUCUCCCUUCCAAGUCAAUGCUGACACAGCCUACAGAUUGAUUGUAUAUGACCUGGUUGCCGAAGGUUUCAAUCUCCCUGGAUGGAUAACUCUGAUGGCAGAAAACAAAAUGGUAUUGUAUUCUUUGGUAGCUGGGGAGGCAUUUGCUGAAAUCACCAUUUAUGUUAAAGUUGGAGCAGAUGGAUCUUUUGGUAUUACCAAUUAUACUUCAAGUUACACUUCACAUUUAUAA